GUCUUUCAUUGUGUUCAACGUCACGAUACAACUCUGUAUGAGUUAGAUGGAAAAGCAGAUUUUCAUUCUCAUCCCAACAGCUGUUAAACAUUGUGCUCAUUUUACUACAGGUUCUAGAAAUAUACGGAAUUUCUGUUACUCUUAUUCAUCGGAACAGUUGAAAGACAACAAAAAAGCAAGAAAAAUGCAGCGCUGCUACAAUCGAGGCUGUGGACAAGAGUUCGACCCGGAGAAAAACAAUGAUGAAUCAUGUCGCCAUCAUCCAGGAGCCCCAUUCUUCCAUGACGCUUAUAAGGGUUGGUCAUGCUGUAACAAAAAAUCGGUCGAUUUUACCGAAUUUUUAAGCAUUAAGGGUUGUACAUUGUCCAAACAUUCAAAUAUUAAGCCACCGGAGCCUGAGAAACCAAGUAAAGAAGAUAAGGAUCUUAAAGAAGAAGUAGUCGAGGUAAGGGCACCAAUCAAGGAAGCCUUGCCAAGGCCGCCAGUGGAAACAGCAAUGACCGCCAUAACUGCCACUGUAGCUCCAGCCUUAAAAGAACUUAUUGAUAACCUUGUCACCAAGGAUCCUGCUCAAUCGGAAGUCAACGGUACAGACGAAGUUGCCGUUGGAACCAGUUGCAAAAAUUCAGGAUGUACAUAUUCAUACACGGGUACAUCUACCGAUAAUGGAACAUGCCAGUAUCAUUCUGGUGUACCAAUCUUUCACGAAGGCAUGAAAUAUUGGUCUUGUUGCCAAAGAAAAACUUCGGAUUUUGCUGUAUUUAUGGCACAACAAGGUUGUGUUAACGGCCAGCACAAAUGGGUGAAGGACAACGAUGAUAAGCGAGUUGUACAGUGUCGUUACGAUUGGCAUCAAACAGCAACGAAUGUCAUUGUAUCCAUAUAUGCAAAGAAAUAUCAUUAUGCCAAGAGCACGGUAGAAGUGAAUCCUAUACGUUUGCAUGCCAUCCUAGUAUUUCCAGACCAAGAAAACGCUAAAUUUGAGUUGGAUUUGGAAUUGAGAGGAAUAAUAAAUGUGGAGAAAACCACUGCUCAUAUGUAUGGUACCAAACUUGAAAUAACCAUGCCUAAAGCGGAGCCCGGUUCGUGGGCAAAAUUGGAUUUCCCCCGUGAAAAACUGCCACCUCCAGUAAAACCAGGCCAACCACUGCCGCAGAAGACAUCUGCAGCAACAGACUCGGAUGAUGAGUUUAAUUUAGAUGACAUUGAAUCUGUUUCACAUGGUGUGACGUUAACAGAAUUGGCCUCAAAAAAACCUGAUCUGGACUGAUUCAACUCUCCAGUAACCAACCACCACAUUAUCGCCCAGAAACAAACACAAACACAUCCUUGAAUAUAAAUGUUGUACAAUUCCUGUGUAUUUUUUCUCAUUCUUCUGUAAUCUUUUAAGAUUUAGUGUACUUUUCAAAUUUUUAUGCAUUUCUAUUAAGCAAACCCAUUUUCAUUAAUUUUAUAUGUAUAAAAAAUAUAACAUAAAUCCUAAAUAACACUCACA